GCAACUAACGACGAAGAUCACUGUAUGAAAUAAAAAACAAAAAAGAAGUUAUAAACUGUAUAAAAUGGCAGGACAUUCAUUAAAUAUUACUCUAACAGUCGUUUUAACAGUUUUAGCCGCUAUAUCAAUUAUACUAGUUACUAUUUAUCUCAUUAAAUACGAUGCACCCCCUAUGUUACAAACUUCUAUUAUCGUUGCACCAGCAGAAGAUGAAGAAUUCUACGUUGAAGAUCUCGAUGAUACUGGUGGGGACAUCGACUCCGUAAGGAAAUCAGUAGCGGUUAAUCAUAGAAACACAUACAACCUUCGUCCAUUAUCUACCUUCAAAUCUAAUAGGGAAAGCGUCUAUAAAUCUAAACCUGAUUUGUCAAACGUUCGAGCAAGCUGGAUUGAGAUUUGCAAUCCGAAAGUACCACCAAAGCUUAACGAUAAGGCAAAGAACCUGAGAGGUUUGCCAGCUUCACCAAGACCACCUUCAUUUUUCCCUCUCAAUAUCGAUCCUAAUUCACCAGGUUUACCCACUUCAGUUAGACCUAUAGCCGUAUCACCAAUCGUAGAAGAAGAGAGCUCAACGACUUCACAACAUGAUCAGCGUAAUAGCAGCUAUCUUACUGUCUUUGAAGAUGAAGAAUUUGCUAAAAAGAUCAUAGACAGGAAGUCAAGAGUUAUGUCUUACGCUCAAUAUCCACCACAGCAAUCGCGUAUGUCAUUCGUUGCUGGCGAUGAUAGCAAAGUUGUUCUCUAAAAAAGUAAAACAUACCAUUCUCACUUGAUAUUAACUCAAUAUGGAACUUUUAAAGAUUUUUUUUCUACAUUCUUAUUCCCUGAACAAUCAUGUAUUUUACCAAAUUUAUACACAUUUUAGCUGGC